AUGGCACAGCAUGCGCCACGCGACUCUGCCCUCCGGAUCUCAUCCACGACUCCCGAUGCGGUGAGUAUCAAGGAGUUAGAGGAAGAGAACAAACGACUGCUUGAGAAGUGCAACGCUGCAACUCAGCAUUACGCCGACUACGAGAACGAUAUUCACAUCCUCAAGGCGCAAGUCCGCCAAGCACAACGACGCAACGAUUCGUUAGGAAGCAAUGGCAGCGCAGGCGAUACAUCGACCGCUGGUACAGUGUCAGAAAAACCUGGCAUCUCACGUUUCGGCAGUUUCAUGCACUCGCGCAAAGCAUCGCCUACCACCAAUGGUCUAGGACAGGCCUCGGCUGCUCGUGAAGAAGAGCUGAGGGCUGAGCUGGCGAAGGAAAAGAAUACGCGAUUGGAGGCUGAGAAGAAGGCUAAGGAGGCGCACGAUGAGAUUGAGGAGUUGAGUGCGACACUUUUUGAACAGGCGAAUGAGAUGGUAGCUAGUGAGCGCAAAGAGAAUGCACGACUUGUGGAAAGAGUACAGAUGUUGGAACAGCAGGUCCUUUGUGCGCAACAAGGUCGUGGUGGGAGCGUAGACACGUCGAUGGAGACCGCGAAGCUCCAGGAGCGGCUUCACGAACUGAAGUCGAGAGAUGCGGAGCGCAAUCGGAGACUGGAAAAACUCGAGGCUGCGAUAUGGCGAGUUGAACGGGUGAACGAUAUGCUGCUGCCACGGUGA